AUGAUAUAUGAUGAUAUACCUGAUGAUUUUAUCACUUUAGAACUAUCACAAAGAUUACAUUUUAGUGCGAAGAUAUCUCAAUUUAGCCAAAAUGACCAUUUUAUAUUAGAUUACAAUAUAAUUCUUGAUAAGUCUAAUAAAGACAAUGAUGAAAUAGAAAUGGCAAGUGCAUCUACAAGUAAUCUGAAUAAAAUUACAGUUAAAAAAUGGUUAUCAGAUAGUGAUGAUAAUGAAG